AUGAAUCGAUCGGCUCUGAGACAGAAAGGGCGAUGGCAGCUCAGCUAUGAACUCCCACACGAAGCAUUCAGAUCGCAUGUCUACCCUCGACAGUCCUCAAAUGGCUCGACCGUCAUAGUCUACGGGCACGGACAAGGCUUGCGCAUUGUAUGGUAUGCUGGCAAGGGCUUCAAGCCAUCAAAGAAAGAACUCCCGCCACCAAAGACAAAUGGUUCUGCGAAGAGCAACGCUAUGGUCAUCGACCUCGACGACGAGGACGAUGACACGGCAGGGAAAGCAGAGGCCGACAUAGGACCUGCCGAGUUCAAAGAAGAUGAGGAGGAAGUGGACCCGUCGGCACCAUACCGGGAUGUACUUCGGUAUAUCGACAUACCCUUGGGAACAGCUGCCUCGAGGGUUGCAGUGCCACAUAUUGUGAAGGAUCUCGCCCAGGCUCCUCCAGAGUCAUGGCCAGCUGUCUACAGCGACCGCAUCAUUAUUGCUGUCGCUUGCGCAGACCUCAGCAUACGAGUCAUAUCUGCUCCCCUUGAUCCACCUGCUCCAGGCGUACACGACAUUUCCAAGAUGGGUGUACGAACAUUGAAAAUAGAAGGUUCAAACUCUCAUCAACAGUUCAUCUCCGAUAUAGCAAUCACUCACACUGGUGUUGUUUCGCGGGAGCAAAUGGACCUCGAGGAACAAUCUCAGGCUAAGGUGCAGACUCGCUCACAAUCUCAGCCUAAGCCGGGGAGUGCAGAAUCCGAAUCCGAGCGAUGGUCACUUCUGGUUGCUUCAGUGUCGUCGACUGGUGCGGGACUGUUACUGAUUCAUCAGAUUCCGCUACACAAAAAUCAAUUUGCGACGAAUGCUGAUUACCCUGUCCCGAUUCGACGGACGUAUCUUCGGUCGUCGUGCAUCAACGCGAGGGUUUCGUUCAAUACUUCGCCUUACCCUGCUGAACGACAUUCAACUUUGCUCAUUACGGUCCCGGCAGAUUCCACUGUCAAGGUUUACCAGGUCUUCCCAUCACAUACUCGGGAGCGUCGAGGAUCUAAUGCAACAGCUGAUUCUGUUUCCAGCACGCGCUCGACGAGAAUGCCAGGCAGCGAUCGCGGGAAAUUCCUCAUCACGCUGCUCCCAUCCUUCAGGCAGGAGAUCACGGAAGUUGCCCAGCAGAGACGAAAACUGGUCCUAGAUGCACGAUGGCUCAUCGCUGGCCGUGCUGUCGCAGCUUUGCUCGAAGAUGGCGAAUGGGGGAUCUGGGACCUCGAGGCUGUGGGGCCUACAUCUUCCAGCUCUGGUGCCAACCUCCUUCGCGGGCACGGAAAUAUCUCAGGCAUUCAAGGUGGCUCCUUGACUCGUUUCGCUGUACGAUCACACCUCUUGGCCUCCGUGGAUUCUAAGCAGAAAUCUGCUUACAGUGAGGCACAACCAACAUCCGGCUCUUUGGCGCCGAUGACCCCGUCGACCCGCAAGGUACGGUCUGAGGGUUUGUUCCAAGGCUCAACGUCUACAAAUAACUCAUCAAAACCAAACAGUCAACGAUGCUACGGGUCAAUCUAUGUCGAAGAAAUGCUUCCAAACCGAGUAGCACACGACGAGUCCGUGCUCAUAAGCUACGCACAUGAAACCGUGUACAUCUCUUCAAUCCUCUCUUUAUGGAAGGGCGAGUCCAAACCAGUUCGCCUUCCGCCUCCAAACUUAGGGGGCCAAGUACCAUUGUCACUCAGUCUGCUUCCUAGCUCAGAACUUUCAAGCAAUGGGUUUUCUGGGAGCAGUAUCUUCGACAACGCAGUCUCUCCUGACUUCAUUACACAGACAUCUCACCGCCUCAUUCUCUCGCUCAACCCGCUUUCUCCACGUUCCAGCGUCGCCGAUCCGUCUACACAAACGAUUGCGGCGCCGUCGGACCAAACAUUACUCGCGUCUGGCGAUCUGGAUGUUGAGGGCAUGGACCGCCUCCUUGAUGACAUGGGUGGUAUGGCAGCAACAAAGAAACCGAUGAACCUCUUCACCAAGAGUGUAGGGUUCCGCAUUGAUGAUGAUGAGGAUGAUGGUGACGAGGAUAUUGACAUGGGAAGCCCAACACCAGCGAAAGGCAGGGGUUUGAAGAUCCUGAAUGGGAAAAAAGCGUUCGAAGGUGAACCAGCCGCAAACCCAAGGAGGUUGUUCACAUGA